GUGGGGCUGCUGAAGUACAACCACAUCACAGGGAAGGCUCUGCCUCCAGAGGCCACACCCUAUGUCUCCUGCCCCUUCAGACAGACUCUGUACUCUGUCCAUAGGCACAGUUGCAGCCUCCAGGAGGAGAUGCCAUGACCUUCACCUUCACAGCCCUGCUCUGUCUGGGACUGGCUCUGGGCCUUGGGACACCAGUGCUGGCAGGAUCUCUCCAUAAGCCUGUCCUAAGAGUACAGCCAGACUCCGUAGUCCCUGAGAAGACGGCAGUGACCUUCUUGUGUGAGGGGACUAAUAGAGCCAUACAGUACUUCCUGUAUACCGAUGGGGACACACAUUUAACACAGAGAAAGGCUACACUGAAUGCUAAGAACAAGGCUGAGUUUGUGAUCUCAAAAGGGCCUACAGUAAACCGUUCCUGUUGGGCCAGCCCAGCCCUGUGGUGACUGAUGGAGGGGAA